GACCAUUCCCAUCUCAUGUUAACGAAACUGAGAUUUGACGCUUCCCAAAUUUGGGCUCAUCAAUGAAGGGCCUAAAGUAAAACUAAUAAGUACUACUAUAAGUAAGCAAAUCUCCGGGCCCCAAGAAAAACUCAAAAAAUUUUCCAGAGAUGACGUGGCAACCCGUUAAUUUUUGCCGUGGACCCCAUUAGACAAUCGGGUUUGGUGAGGCCAGAGAACCAGAAGAGAAACGCGAUUUUCAAUUCCCACCAACCCCCGAUUUGGCGUUUGGAAAUUCACCUUCUUUUUUCUGGUUGCCUUGCUUGGAGUUUGGUUGGUGAAGCCUUCCACUGAAGUCAAUCAUUGUAUCCAACACCUACCACCACCAGACAUCAAAAACAAGUUUUUUUUAUUUUGAUCCCAGAAUUCCACUCUCAAUUAACCGAAACAAAGGUACGAAAUUUCCUCUAAUCUUUGUCUCAUAGAAAUGGCACAGGUUAGCAAAAUCUACAAUGGAACACAAAAUAUAUGUCUUGUGCCCAAUGUCUCAAAACCCCAGAAGCCCAAAUCUGUUCCUUCAGUUUUAUUCAGAUCAAAUCUUGAAGGAGGUUUUUCAAGUUCUUUGGGUUUAGUUGUGAAGAGCUAUGGCAGGUUGGGAACAAUUAAGGUUGGAUCGUUGAAGGUUUCGGCUUCAACAGUAACAGAUAAGCCAUCCAGAGCAUCAGAAAUCGUGCUUCAACCAAUCAAUGAAAUAUCGGGUACGGUUAAGUUACCCGGGUCCAAAUCAUUAUCCAAUCGGAUUCUGCUUCUCGCUGCUCUAUCUGAGGGAACUACUGUGGUAGACAAUUUGUUGAAUAGUGAUGAUGUUCAUCACAUGCUUGUUGCUUUGGGAAAACUUGGGCUAUAUGUGGAACAUGACAGUGAAAAAAAACGAGCCAUUGUGGAAGGUUGCGGUGGUCAAUUUCCAGUAGGGAAAGGGGAAGGUCAAGAAAUUGAGCUUUUCCUUGGGAAUGCUGGAACUGCGAUGCGACCUCUUACUGCUGCUGUCACAGCUGCGGGUGGCAAUUCAAGCUACAUACUUGAUGGCAUACCACGAAUGAGAGAGAGACCUAUUGGGGACUUAGUUACUGGUCUUAAGCAGCUGGGUGCAGAUGUUAAUUGUACUCUUGGCACAAAUUGUCCCCCUGUUCUUAUAAAUGGAAAGGGUGGUCUUCCUGGGGGAAAGGUGAAACUCUCUGGAUCAAUCAGUAGUCAAUACUUGACUGCUUUACUCAUGGCAGCUCCUUUGGCUCUUGGGGAUGUAGAAAUUGAGAUAAUUGAUAAAUUGAUUUCAAUCCCAUAUGUUGAAAUGACUAUAAAAUUGAUGGAAAGGUUUGGGGUCACUGUGGAGCACACUGAUAGCUGGGAUCGGUUCUAUAUCCAGGGAAGUCAAAAGUACAAGUCUCCUGGAAAUGCUUAUGUUGAAGGUGAUGCUUCAAGUGCUAGUUACUUCCUUGCUGGUGCAGCAGUCACUGGUGGGACUGUCACUGUAGAAGGAUGCGGUACAAGUAGUUUACAGGGUGAUGUAAAAUUUGCUGAGGUUCUUGAGAAAAUGGGUGCCAAAGUCACCUGGACUGAGAACAGCGUCACUGUCAUUGGACCCCCAAGAAAUUCAUCUGGAAGGAAAAACUUGCAUGCUAUCGAUGUCAACAUGAACAAAAUGCCAGAUGUUGCCAUGACCCUCGCUGUUGUUGCCCUUUAUGCUGAUGGUCCCACUGCCAUCAGAGAUGUGGCAAGUUGGAGGGUGAAAGAGACUGAAAGGAUGAUUGCUAUAUGCACUGAACUCAGGAAGCUCGGAGCAACAGUUGAAGAAGGACCAGAUUAUUGUGUGAUCACUCCACCAGAGAAAUUAAAUGUGACAGCAAUUGAUACUUAUGAUGAUCACCGAAUGGCCAUGGCAUUCUCUCUUGCUGCCUGCGCAGAUGUUCCAGUUACCAUCAAGGAUCCUGGUUGUACACAGAAAACCUUCCCUGACUACUUUGAAGUUCUCGAGAGGGUUACAAAGCAUUGAAUGGCUCUUCUACUUUGUUAUACUAGAGAGGAAGAAGAGGAUGAGGGAUAGGUUCAUGCCACUUUCUUUAAAACCAGACUGAAAGUAGUUGAACCUUGUAUUUGAAGUCAGCUUGUAAUCUUUGAUAGUUUCAUGUCGGCAAGUUGAGUUUGUUAUCAGUUUCUUCCCCGACUUUAACUUGUUUUCUACUUAUUGUGAGUUAUGACUUGGUGCUUGAUCCUUGUCAUGAAGACUAAUACAUAAUUGAGGAUUGAUUCUUUUUGCAAUGCCUAUUCAAUUAAUAUUUAAACGGUUCUCACUUUUGCUG